AUGAUUUAAGACACUUCCAAAGACACUAUUCAAUGCACUUAUAAAAGAGGUCUGGCAUAAUAACAAGCACCUACUCCUCACUCUCAUUCCCAAUUUGUACCAUUCAAGAAGAUAUACAGUGAUGCUCUAGAUGCAAUUGGGCAUACUCCAAUGAUUCGUUUGAACAAAAUUCCAAAAGAAUUUGGUUUGAAAUGUGAGGUGUUGGUGAAAUGUGAGUUUGUUAAUGUAGCUGGAUCGAUCAAAGAUAGAAUAGGAGUGAGAAUGAUAGUAGAUGCAGAAAAACAAGGAAGGCUUGGACCAGGAAAGUCAAUAGUCGAAGCCACCUCUGGAAACACAGGAGUAGGUUUGGCAUUGGCAUGUGCUGUUAAAGGAUAUCCUUUGUACAUAACUAUGCCUGAAAAAAUGUCUUAAGAGAAGUAAGAUGUUCUAACAGGGCUUGGAGCUAAAGUGAUAAGAACACCAACAGAAGCAGCCUGGUAUGAACCUGAGUCACUAAUCUAAGUGGCUAAAAGGAUGGCAGCUGAGAAUCCAGACAUUAUCCUCUUAGAUCAAUAUUCAAAUCCAUCAAACCCCUUAGCUCAUUAUGAAGGAACAGCAGAAGAAAUUCUAUGGGCCUGUGAUGAUAAAUUGGACGCUAUUGUCAUGUCUACAGGUACAGGAGGAACAGUUACUGGAGUAGGUAGAAAAAUUCAUGAGAGAGUCCCUGGAUGUAAAGUCAUAGCUGUAGAUCCUUUUGGGUCAGAUUUAGCACUGCCUCCAGAGAUUAAUAAGACUGACAUCAAAUCCUAUAAGGUUGAAGGCAUUGGUUAUGAUUUCAUACCAAAAGCUCUUGAUAGAACAGAAGUUGAUUUUUGGAUCAAGUCCAAUGACAAAGAUAGUUUAAACAUGGCUCGCAAAUUGAUGGCUGUAGAAGGGCUUCUUUGUGGAGGUUCUUCAGGUGCUAAUGUUUGGGGAGCUUUUGAAUGGGCUAAAUCACAAAAUUUUACAGAAUAAUAGAGAAUUGUCAUCAUCUUACCAGAUAAUAUCAGAAAUUAUAUGACAAAACACUUAAAUAAAACUUGGAUGAUAGAAAAUAGAUUGAUAUCUUAUGAUGAGUUGAAGGAGCCAGACCAUCCAUUAGCUGGUAAACCAAUAUCUGAACUUAAUCUCCCUGAAAUCACUCUAUUGAAUGUUGAGACCACUACCAUAGGCGAAUGUUUGGAUUACUUAAGAACAUAUCCUGCUGUGCCAUUAUCAAAAGAUGGAAUAUUAGUUUCUGUUGUAUUUUAGAAGAAAUUAUUGGCUGGAAUGGUUGAUAAAAAAUUAAAUAAUAGAGAUUUGGCUAAAAAAGUACAAUCCAGAGAUUUUGUUGUUGUUCCUAAUACACUAGAUUAAAAUUAAUUAGAAAGAAUUGUUGAAAGACAUGAGGUAGUUUUUGUUGAAGACGGUGAAAAACUGAGAUAUGUAACUCCUGGAGAAUUAUUAUAGUAAUUUUGA